AUGCACUUGAAUAAUGCUCUGUGGGCAUAUCGAACGGCUUAUAAAACACCGAUUGGAAUGAGUCCUUAUAGAUUAGUAUACGACAAGGUGUGCCAUUUACCGGUCGAAUUAGAACAUAAAGCAUAUUGGGCUAUUAAGGAGCUUAAUAUGGACUUAACUAAAGCAGGUGAAGAGCGUUUAUUGCAUCUAAAUGAGUUAGAAGAAAUGCGUACUGAGGCAUAUGAGAAUGCCAAGCUAUACAAAGAAAGGACCAAGAAGCAACAUGAUAAGAGUUUACUUCGUAAAUCUUUUGUCCCUGGAAUGAAAGUAUUAUUAUUUAACUCACGCUUUAAACUUUUUCCAGGAAAGCUUAGAUCCAGAUGGAAUAGACCCUUCGAAGUAAUAACGGUUUUCAAUCAUAGUGCGGUGGAAUUACAUAACAUUAAGACCCAAGAAAAAUUCAAAGUUAAUGGUCAUCGCUUAAAGCCAUACUAUGAAGGGAUGACCUAUGGACAUGAAGUGGAGUGCAUUGAAGCACCUCCAAUUUGA